AUGAUAUCCAAGUUAGCUGUUACAUUGGCAAUUGUUCUAAGUGUGUCCGUCCAGCUUGGACGAGGCCAGACUGGAGCCUGUCCUGCCUUAUGGGCUCCUGUUUGCGGAAGUGACGGUGUAACCUAUGCCAACACUUGUGUCUACGAGCAUAAAGCAAAAUCCGAUGUCAGAAUUAUCCAUUACGGUACUUGCGAAAAAGGAUAUCCGAUCUGCACCGACGUUUACCAUCCGAUCUGCGGAUCCGACGGUAAAACCUACACCAACUCAUGUUUUUAUCAGUACGCAACUUUGUUCGACUCUACUUUAACAUUUGUUAAGGUGGGAGAAUGCGACAAUGUCGCCGGUGACUUUGCCAGGCAAAAGAUUCCACUUGUGUGCGGCUCGGAUGGACAGUUUUACACUUACGAAGGUUUCGAACAGGCGCAGCUGUAUAAUCCCGAUUUGAAGAUCGUGAAAUUCGAACUUUGCCUUAAUAAGGUCGUGCCCUAA